UUUGUUGUUGAUAUAUAAACACCCCCAUUAAUAUUUGUUUGAAAGUACUAAGAAAUAAAAGUGAAAAAUUAUCUCCUUCUGCUCUGACUAUUUUGUGCGAUAUUUAGGAGGAAAUUAUUCUGAUUAUUUUGUGUAUUUUGGAGAAAAUCAUAUAAGUGAAAAUAAAUUUCGGUGACAUGAUUGUGAGAUGACAACCUGAGGUACCUGAAGGAUAUCACAUGAGAGAAGAGGAAGUUUACUACCACCUUGUGGGAGAACGAGCAGUACACCUCCUCAGAUGUUGGCUGUGCGUAACUUCAAGUCCAUCUUCCGCCUGGUGUUCCUCACCAUUUUCACCACCUACACCAUCCUCUACACACUCAGUUAUGUCAACACCUUGCAGCCAAGGCAGGUCCUUCCAAGGCCAUCCCCCUACAUGAGUCACUAUAGGGGAAAUCUAGCCGGAAACCAAAGCGUCAUUGAGGUGACUCCAGAGGAUAAUAUGGCGGAUGCAAAAAGAACUUCUGAGGUUGGCGAUCUUGUUAGCAAUGUCACCGCUAAGUCAAUGACAUUUCAGCCAUCGCCAACGGGCUCCGAAGACAUUAUCAGGGAAGCAAUACCUUCUGAUAAAUUAAAAUUGCCAUCUGCUGACCAGUCAGGUGGGAUUAACGAUAAUAAUACCUCGCUGGACAGCGAAGAAAUCCCUGUCGAAACUGGAAGUAGACUUGAGUCAGCCGCCGAAGCUUUUUAUGACGCUUACGCCGAUUUAGACGUAACGUCAGGUUACGACGCUGCUGAAGACGACCUGGAAGAUGAUUACGGUGCAUUCGACUCGUACCAUGACCAGGAGCCGAAUUCUGACUGGCCAAUUACCCUCGAGUUUACGAAUGCUUCUGCCCUGCGUCAGAUCGACUACGAUAAAUACAGUGCAAAUGACAGGGAGUUUUUGAAAAGUAGAUUAGACGUCUUCGAGGAGAGAGCCGCGUUGGUGGGGAAAGUCUGCAAGCUACAGCCUACAUCCCUGCAUGCACCGAGCGGGGCAAACCACCUUGUUUGGGACACGAAGCAUAGGCCUAGUAUAGUGUGGUGUCCUAACUAUAAAGUAGCGUCUACGACCAUGAUGAUGAGUUUCUUGCGUAUUUCUCCUAAUAGCAAAAGAGUACAGAAGAAGAAAACGAAGCGCGUGAAACAGAGCGAUGUGCGACGCAUCUACUGGGCUCCAAAAUCAGGGGAGGAGAAAGCAGAGGUCCUGCGGAAGAGCGCCCGAGUCAUUAUCGUCAGACACCCCUUCACGAGGAUCCUCUCAGCCUACCGCGACAAGAUGACGAAGAUGAAGCCCGGGCCCCGAAAAUUCCACUUCCGGAGGAUGCAGAAGGACAUCAUGGCCAGAUAUAGGCCUACCAACUCUUCCGUCGACUCCCCUUUCCCGACUUUCCCCGAAUUCGUCAGCUACAUCAUCGAUGCGACUCGAAGCCUCAGGUCCAGUACCGACUGGAGAGAAAAGACGAAAUGUUGGACAGCUUACUGGGCUCACUGCAAUGUCUGCACGACAGACUACAAUGUCAUCAUGAAGCUGGAGACCUUAGAUGAUGACAAGAGAUUCCUUGUGACCCUGUCUGACCUGGAUGAGCUGAAAGAGAAGUCACCUGAGGAUUGGUUACACCUGAGGAACGCGACCUCCCAUGACCUGGCACCCAAAUACUACAGUCAGCUGACGCGAGACCAGAUCCUCGGCCUCUACAACAGUUAUAAGCUCGACUUUGAACUGUUCGAUUAUCACAUAGACGAUUAUCUUUCUCUCGUCUAGAGAAUUAAGUCAUUUCAAAGGACUUUUGAAAUGCCUUUUAUGAAUUAUGUUCCUUCUAGACGUUUGGAAUUCUAGGAUUCUGGCGUCAGUUUUAAGUAUAAGCAAGAAGCAUGUCUUCACCUGAUCGUGACUUUUUUUACAAUGUCUUCUUAAAUCUAGUCAUUGUCCUAAAUGACUAUAGACUCAUUAACAGAAACAUAUACGUGAAAUUAAAUAGAGUUUUAUAUAAAUUAACCUUUGAUUUCAACUUUUAAGUGCUUGCACAAAUUAACUGUUCGUAAAUGUACCAAAUGGUAACAAAUCAAAAAAUACAAAAAUGCUAUACCCUAAUCAUGAAAUCUUAUGCCUACUGCUCUAACGUAAUAAUUCAAUAUAAACUGCUCAUUAUCCUAAUUUGAAAGGAAAUUGAUUGCCACGUAAAUGAUUAUUAGUAAUUAAAAGAAUAUACUGAAGGGGAAACCACACCAUUUAUUGCAGAUACAGAAUGACGAGUGCACGCGAAUAUCUGAAUUGUGUACAUGAAAUAUGGAAGAAAUGUUUAGACAGUGGUGUGACUGAUAACUGAA